AUGUUGAAGGAGCGUACGGCCCAACUGAGACGCUGUCUGGCAGGUUUGCCAACAGCCGUUGCCCUCCUACAAGAACCAUGGACGGGCAACGGACACAUACGCGGGCUCUCCGACACGAAAGGCUGUCGCGACCUAGUCCUCGCCUCGGCGUACAUGCCCGGAGAGGACGAGCCACCGCCUGCUGAACUACAACGGCUGGUCAACCACUGCGAGAGAUCAGGCCUCGCAAUAAUCAUCGGGGCCGACUCCAACGCACACCACCCGCUGUGGGGAAUGGAGACCAGCAACAACAGAGGUAAGACACUUGUUGAAUAUCUUGUGACUACUAAUCUAAACAUUCUCAAUGUAGGCGCUGAACCAACAUUUGUAAACAAAAGAUGCAGUACAAUUAUCGACCUAACUCUGGCUUCGGAGGAGGUCAGUGAACUAGUUAUGGGAUGGCACGUCUCCCAGGAGGCCUCCUGUUCAGACCAUAGAUGGAUUCGCUUCAAUCUACUAGCAUCUAGCGACACACCAACCACCCGGAGGAAUCCCAGGAAAACGGACCGAGCCACUUAUAGGAAGGUCCUAGGUGAAAGCCUUGACCUGCUUCCACCGAGGGAUGACCUUCGGGAACCGGCUCAGAUAGAACAGCAGGUAAAUAUCUUAACUGAUAGCCGCAUAGACAGUUAUCACAAGGCGUGCCCCCUAAAACCGCAAGGACUGCCAUAG